AUGCUUCUAGCUGGAGAGUGGGGUUCAUCCAAGGGCGGUCUCGCAACAAUUAACAGGCAACUAGCGAUAGAGCUGGCGAAAAGCUCAAAUCUGAAGGUCAGUUUGUACGUUACAAAGUGCAGUGAAGAAGAUAAGCGAGAGGCAGCGAGUAGUGACAUCAGCAUUAUAAAAGCAAACGAAGUACCUGGUUAUGACGAACUUGACUGGCUAGGGGUCCCAAAUGAGGAAUUGCCGAUGAUCGACGUUGUUGUCGGACAUGGAGUGAAACUCGGAAGGCAGGCACAACUGAUUCGAGGCUUCUUUCCAAAAUGUGUAUGGGUUCAAUUUGUACAUACCGCUCCCGAGGAGCUUGCCAUGUAUAAAAAUUACUCCUGCAACAUCUCACGAGGAGAAAAGAAGCACCAUACGGAGGUACAACUCUGUGCAAGUGCUGAUGCUGUGGUUGCGGUUGGGCCCAAACUGACAGAGGACUUUAAGACUUAUCUCCGUCCUCAUGAGCAGAAGAAAGUGUUUGAAAUCACUCCCGAUCCAAGUAUCUUUCGCGAAUUUAGUAAAUGCAAACAGGCCAAAGAGGACAGGGAAAAAUUCCGCGUUUUGAUUUUCGGUCGUGGUGACUCAGAAGAUUUUGAGCUGAAAGGCUUUGACAUAGCGGCGAAAGCAAUUGUAGAGCUUAAGGACCAGACGUACCAUCUCUACUCUGUUGGUGCCUCACAUGGACAAGAGGAAGACGUUGCAAACAAGUUACUCCACCAUGGCAUCCAGCGUCGUCAACUAACGGUGCGUGGUUUCAUCGAAAAGCGACCCGAUCUAGCAAAGUUGCUAUGUGAGGUGGAUCUCGCCUUAAUGCCAUCAAGGACAGAAGGCUUUGGUUUGACCGCCCUUGAAGCCCUAUCCGCUGGUCUUCCAAUUCUGGUGAGCGCAAAUUCAGGUUUUGCGAAAGCUUUACAAAAAAUCGAAGAUCCCUUGGCUUUAGACUGUAUAGUGAAUUCUGAAGACGGCAAGGAUUGGGCAGCAGCAAUUCGAACCGUCAGAGAGAAACCCAGGAGCAAGCGAUUACAAGAUGCAAAGAGCUUAAAA